AUGGUGAACCUUGUGGCAGCGCAGAAGCCAUUGCUGUACGGUCUAAUGAAAAUGGCAGGAGUGCAACCCCACUUAGUAGAGAUUGAGCCAGGCACAGUCAUGAACUUUUGGGUUCCAAAUGAGACCAUCAAGAAACCUAAAAAAGGUGAGAAGAACGAGACCCCAACCUUAACCAAACCAAACAAACUAGUAGUGGUUCUAGUCCAUGGCUUUGCUGGUGAAGGUAUUGUCACUUGGCAGUUCCAAGUUGGUGCCUUGACCAAAAAGUAUUCAGUUUAUAUCCCUGACCUUCUCUUCUUCGGUGGCUCAAUCACGGAUAAAACUGAGCGGUCGCCGACGUUUCAAGCAGAAACAUUGGCGAAGGGUCUGAAGAAGUUAGGAGUAGAGAAGUGUAUAUUGGUGGGGUUUAGCUAUGGUGGUAUGGUGUCGUUUAAGAUGGCUGAGUUGUAUCCUGACCUGGUUGAGGCCAUGGUCAUAUCUGGUUCAAUCCUGGCAAUGACUGAUUCGAUCAGUGAAACAACAAUAAGUGAGCUUGGGUUCAAGUCUUCCUCGGACCUUUUGCUGCCUAACUCUGUUGAUGGUCUUAAAGCGCUACUUUCUGUUGCUACUUACAAGAAGCUUUGGUUCCCAAAUCGGCUUCACAAAGACUACCUAGAGGUGAUGUUCACGAAUAGAAAAGAGAGAGCGGAACUUCUAGAGGGAUUAGUCAUCAACAACAAAGACACCACCAUCCCUACAUUCGUACAGAAGGUACAUCUCUUGUGGGGGGAGAAUGAUCAAAUCUUCAAGCUUGAGCUUGCACAGAACAUGAAAGAGCAACUAGGCGAGAAGGCGACAUUUCAGGGCAUACAGAAGGCAGGUCACUUGGUUCACCUGGAACGACCGUGUGUCUAUAAUAGGUGUCUCAAGCAAUUUCUUACUUCACUGCUGGAAAAUGGUGUGAAGAAUUGA